AUGCUUGACGGCGCCGAAGUUGCAAAACACAAUUCCAGAGACUCGUGCUGGGUCAUUGUCCACGGGAAAGCAUACGAUGUUACGAAGUAUAUAGAUCGGCAUCCUGGCGGCGCAGAGGCCAUUCUUCGGUAUGCCGGUAAGGAUGCUACAGAGGAAUAUGACAAAAUUCAUGCUGAGGGGACGAUUGAGGGGGCGCUUACAGAAGAUAAACACCUCGGCGACGUAGACCCAACGACAAUCAUCAAACCAACCAAAUCCCAAUCCAACAGGGCGGAAGGAAAAGAUCCUAUACCAAUAUCAAUGUGCCUAUCGGUCAACGACAUCGAACUCGCUGCCUCCAAAUCUCUACCGCGAGACGCAUGGGCCUACUUCCACUCCGCAAGCGACAACCUGGGCGCUGAACGAAACAACCGCGUCGACUGGACCAAGAUAAUCCUGAGGCCCAGAGUACUCCGGAAUGUGCAGCGAGUGGAUAUGACGCAGACCAUAAUGGGCCAGCGGUCUGCGCUGCCGUUUUUUGUUGCGCCGGCUGCGAGGGCGAAGAUGGCGCAUCCGGAAGGGGAGUAUUGUAUUGUGAGAGGGGUUGCGAGGGCGGGGAUACCGUAUUGCACGAGUACGGUGAGCUCGAUUAGUCAUGUUGAUCUGGCCAAGGUUCUGGGUGAGGAAACACAAACUUUGAAACUCGACAAGGGAGCUGUAGAUGGAUGUCUGUUUUUUCAGCUAUAUGCAGCCAUCGACCCCGCCGAAACCGACGCACGAAUCCAGACUGCGAUCGAUCUAGGGUUCAAAGCGCUCGUGCUCACAGUCGAUUCGGCGGUAGUCUCAAAACGGGAAGAAGCAGAGCGGCACCUCGCGGAGAGGGAGUGGACAGACAGCAGGAAAAUAAUCGAUACAGCGAAAUGGAUUAGACAAUUCGAUGAUCCGACUCUGUCUGUGCUCAGGGGUCACCAUUCGUGCACACUCGACUGGACAGAGGUGAAACGACUGAAAGAACUGUGGGCGAGGAAUACGGUUAAUGGCCCUUUUGCGAUAAAGGGUAUUCAGACCGUGGAAGAUGCUGUGAUGGCCGUUGAAGAAGCAGGGGUCAGUGUGAUUUAUCUGAGUAACCAUGGCGGAAGACAAUGUGACGAUGCACCAAGCGCUAUACGCACAUUGCUAGAAAUUAGAAAAUUUGCACCUCAUCUUCUCGACAAAGCGGAGUUUUAUCUUGAUGGAGGAAUCAGACGGGGAGCGGAUAUUGUCAAAGCUAUUGCACUGGGCGCGAAGGGUGUUGCGAUGGGAAGACCGUUUAUGUAUGCCCUUGGAGCGUAUGGGACGGAGGGUGUUGAGCGAGUUAUAAAAAUCCUGAGAGAAGAAAUCGAGACAACCAUGCGACUGACCGGUGUGACGCGGCUGGAUCAGUUGAAUCCGAGUUAUGUUGAUACGACGAUUCUGGAAAGAGAUUUGCCGCAGCAGCUGUAUACAGAGAAUGGCAUUCUGAAGGCGAAGCUAUAG